AAAACUACAGUGUUAACUUCCUCAUAAGGUGCACAAGGCUAGGCACUCGUGCAAUACCGUGUGCCUCUUUCGAGUCGUUGGCGUGUCAGAUUGCUGUUUUAUCCUCAGCGGGCCACCAUGGCAUUCGGGGGAGAGGGAACUGAGCAACAGAAGGAGAGAUUCUCACUUCUGCUUUUAGACCCAGGUGAGAUCUACUUUGAAGACUUUGGUGUGUUCUACUACACACAUGGCCUUCCCGAGGAGGAGGCAAUACGCAGGAAAACGCGAGGACGGAUCAAGAUGUGUUCCAAGUCCCUCGUGUUUGACCCCCAGGAUGUCAUGUUACCCAUGCUGAAGUUCCCUCUGCGCAGCUGCACAAAGAUCGAGAAGUGGCAGGGACCGGUCACGUCUAGAAUCGACGCCACGGGAAAUGUCAUCAUGAUUGAGUCGUCUCAAGUGUACCAGAUGAAGGAAGGAAACGUGAUCGCGCCGUACGUCUUCAAGAAGAAGAUGGAAAAGUACCUGUUUUCUCUCAACUUUGUGAUGAUCGAGGAUGUUCUGCCACAGAUGCAGCAGUUGUUGAGAGCAUCCACGCUGACAGCUGCCGACCAGAACUCGAUGAUCGCCGCAAUCGUACAGUCUCGCCAAGCGCGUGUCCCCUUCAACACCAGUUGGCUGGAAACCUUGUACGAAAAGAUUGUCGUGGAAAUGGUUGGGGAUAAGAUCGACCCGCUUGUCGUGAACCCCGGACGCAUCAUGAUCACGUCGUCGCGACUGUACUUCCAGCCGUUCAACAACAUCGAUCCGUAUCCCGUUCUGAAGAUCAAACUGUCAGACAUCAAGAGGAUCGUGAAACGACGUUUCCUGCUCCGCCAUGUUGGAGUGGAGAUCUUCUGUAGCGAGGACGGUCUGAAGUCUGACCUGUUCCUGACGCUGAAGGACCAGGCGCUACGAGACCAGUUAUACAACAGCAUCGUCAGCCAAUCAGAUGUCUCGCUCGUGGAAACCGGGCAGGAAAACGCGACGCUACGCUGGCAGAGUGGCGUCAUGUCGAACUUUGACUAUCUCAUGUACCUGAACAAUACCGCAGACCGAAGUUUCAAUGACCUGACGCAAUAUCCCGUGUUUCCCUGGGUUGUAGCGGACUACACCAGCUCAAGUCUAGACCUGUCUCGACCAGAAACCUACCGCGACCUGAGUAAGCCCAUCGGAGCCCUGAACCCCGAGCGUCUCCACAGGACGUUGGAGCGCUACCACGACAUGCCUGAACCCAAGUUCAUGUACGGUAGCCAUUAUUCCACGCCAGGAUACGUGGUGUACUACCUGGUACGGGUGGCGCCAGAGUACAUGCUGUGUCUGCAGAACGGAAGGUUCGACCAACCGGAUCGGAUGUUCCUCAGCAUCCAGGAGACCUGGAAGAACGUCUUGACGGGAGCUUCUGACGUCAAGGAGCUGAUCCCAGAAUUCUACCAGACUUCAGGAAAAUUUCUGGUGAAUGCCCAACACUUGAAGCUGGGCACCAGACAGGAUGGGACAAAAGCUGAGGAUGUGGAGCUGCCACCGUGGGCCGCAGACGCUGAUGACUUCGUACAGAAGUCCCGGGAGGCGCUCGAGAGUGACUACGUCUCCAGCCACUUACACGAGUGGAUCGACCUCAUUUUUGGGUACAAGCAACGAGGAGAGGCGUCAGAGAACGCAUACAACGUCUUCUACCACCUGACGUAUGAAGGGGCUGUUGACCUGGACAGCAUCGCCGACCCAAACGAGCGUCUCUCGUUAGAAGCACAGAUCAUGGAGUUCGGACAGACGCCAAAGCAACUCUUCCACAGUCCACACCCUCAAAGGUUCAAGCAGAGUCCCAGUACAGCAGACUCUGUUCUGAUUGGAUCAGCGGGUGAAUCAGAAACCCCUGGAGCGGAUGCCGCAAAUUCAAGUUCUGGAGUUCCAACGACAAAGUCCUGCCAUCUUGCUCCGCUGUGGGAGGGUAGAGACGGUCUGAAGCCUGUGUACGAACACAAACUACACAAGGACACAGUUACAUCAGUACAGCUGGCCCCCAGUGGGAAAACCAUAUUCUCUGUCUCACAGGACUCCCUGAUGAAGAUGUACUCUCUGGAAGAACAGCGUCAACAGAGGAGCAUCUCUAUCUCCAACAUGGCGCUGUCCUCGUGCCAAGUCAUGGCCGACUCCAAGACGCUGAUUAUCGGAUCCUGGGACAACAAUGUCUACAUUUACUCAGUGGAGUACGGGCACAUCCUGGACACCGUACUCGCACACGACGACGCGGUAUCGUGUAUCCAGUACCAGGACAGUCUCCUAGUCUCAGCGUCGUGGGACUCGACCGUCAAACUGUGGGAGUGUAAAAUUGGGGGCGGAGCCAAGAAACAGCAGCUGCAGCUGUUGGCGGAGUUGGACCACGACUCCGGGGUGGUGUGCGCGUGCGUGGACGCGGAGAACACGCGCGUGGCGAGCGGGACGGAAGACGGCACGCUGUACAUCUGGAGCGUGGAGUCACAGUACGUGCUGUCACGACACACGCUUCACACAGGGUCCAUCCAUGCAAUCAGUUUCAGUGCGGAGGGUCAGCGUGUGCUAACGUGUGGUGCUGACCACUACCUUCGUGUGCUGGACGUCACCACAGGCACAGAAGUGUGCGCCAAGGACCUGGAAGAACCUCUCAGGUGUAUGUUCUGGGACGGUGAAACAGUGAUUGUUGGAGGUGAGUCUGGAAACGUGCUGGUCUGGGACCUGGUCAAUCUUCAGCCAAUAGCGACGGUCUGUGGCCACACCGGCUCCGUCACGUGUAUCCACGUGAGCGAAGACGGCCGUACCAUUGUCACUGGAGGGGAGGACAGGAAGGUUUGUCUGUGGAAGCUUUCGUGAUGACUCCCCCUCUAAGUAUUUAGAAGACUCCUAAUUCCCAUGUGCCAUCCAAUGAGAGUGUACUGUUUUGGAAUGUACCAUUUCAAAAUGGAUGAUAGCCUUCAUUAGGUGACCUAAAAAUCAUAUCCUAUUAAGUGCCAGAGCAAUUUCAAAAAUUUUCAUUUUCAGAAUUUGGCUCAAAGUGUAUACAUAAUAGUUGGGACCAAGAGAAAUAGAAGACAGUGAUAUUGAUGCCCUAGAAUUGUUGUUUAAAAAUAAUUGUUUGCUGAUGUCCCAAAUUUUGCACCAUUAAGCUCUAUAUUACAUGUAUAUUUAUAAUUUUGCACCAUUUCAAUAUCAUUAUCAGCAAUAAUUAAUAAAAUGUUUUUGUACUUA